AGAAAGCGAAUAAAUCUGUGUUAACUAAAUGCUUUCCACGAAUUGAAUUUCAAUAAAACAACAUUAAAACCGUAAAGUCUCUUAUAAAACAAUAAUGGAGUUAAACGACGUCAUAGUCAAUCAACCCGUCGUCAUUGACAAUGGCUCCGGUGUCAUCAAAGCUGGUUUCGCGGGCGAUCAAAUACCAAAAUGCAGAUUCCCAAAUUACAUUGGGCGACCGAAGCACGUGCGUGUAAUGGCGGGCGCCCUCGAGGGGGAGCUGUUUGUUGGUCCCCGUGCAGAGGAGCACAGAGGCCUGCUCAGCAUCAAGUACCCCAUGGAGCAUGGCAUAGUCACGGACUGGAACGAUAUGGAACGAGUUUGGAACUAUAUUUAUAGCAAGGAUCAACUAUCUACCUUCUCCGAGGAGCAUCCCGUGCUGCUGACUGAAGCACCUCUCAACCCUCGCCGCAACAGGGAGAAGGCUGCUGAGGUGUUCUUUGAGACCUUCAAUGUACCAGCACUCUUCCUCUCCAUGCAAGCUGUUCUCAGUCUAUACGCAACCGGCCGGACCACAGGCGUUGUUUUGGACUCUGGGGACGGUGUUACCCACGCUGUACCCAUUUACGAAGGCUUCGCGAUGCCGCACAGCAUCAUGAGGGUCGAUGUGGCAGGUAGAGACGUGACCAGGUACCUCAGGUUGGUGCUCCGCAAAGAAGGUGUGAAUCUGCGAACAUCAGCUGAGCUGGAAAUCGUGAAGUCGAUCAAGGAACGCGCGUGCUACCUGUCGCCUAACCCGCUCAAGGAGGAGACCCUGGACACAGAGAGAGCACAGUAUACACUGCCCGAUGGCACACAGCUCGAGAUUGGUCCAGCGAGGUUCCGAGCACCAGAAGUACUGUUCAGACCUGAUCUCAUAGGCGAGGAGUGUGAAGGUCUUCACGAGGUCCUCAUGUUUGCCAUUCAAAAGUCAGAUAUGGAUCUAAGGAAAGUGUUGUACCAGAAUAUAGUCCUCAGCGGUGGAUCGACGCUGUUCAGAGGGUUCGGAGAUCGACUCCUGGCUGAAAUACGGCGGCUGGCACCCAAAGAUAUGAAGAUUAGGAUCUCAGCGCCACAAGAACGCCUCUACUCAACAUGGAUAGGGGGUUCGAUUCUCGCCUCACUCGACACAUUCCGUAAAAUGUGGGUCUCCAAACGGGAAUACGACGAGGAGGGACACCGAGCUGUACACCGCAAGACGUUCUAAUUUGUUUUAUAUAU